UCAUAGUAUCACUUACUGGCAGAAAAUUCUAUCUCAUCUAACAACAGCAACACCAGCACCCUCCCUACCCCCUUCCCAACCUCCAUGAUCUGUCCAAAUCCAGACCAGGAUUCUUUGCAGCUGGGAUCACUGGCCAUGUAGACAACCAUGGGAUCCAGGAUCAAAGAGAACCCAGAAAGGAUAUUUGAAUGGUUUAUUGAGGCCUUGUGUCCAAAAUCAACAGAUGUUGAUCCUGAAGUGCUGAGGCAAUAUCCAGAAGAUUACAAUGACCAGGAAUCUCUACAGAGCCUGCCUAAGUUCUGCUUCCCUUUUGACGUGGAAAGGGAGUGGGAAAGUUCCACAGUCCAGCAGUUCACUUUCGUGCUGACAGACAUAGACGGCUACCAGCGGUUUGGUUUCUGUCGGCUGACUGGUGGAUCGAAGACUUGCAUCUGUAUCCUCAGUUUCCUACCCUGGUAUGAAGUUUUCUACAAACUCCUAAACAAUAUAGCUGACUACUUGGCAAAAGGACAGGACAGUGAAAUGAGAGAACUCCUGAAAGUUCUGCAUGCUCAGUCACCACCCCAGUCGGACUCUCCACUCAAUCUUGAAUUUGCCCAACAGCUGGGAGUUACGACGGGACAAGUUCUGAAAAACCUGAAGAGGGAUACUAGUAGUGGUAUGCCACCGCUUUCUUAUUUUAUUGCCCCUGACAGUAACAGCUUGCCUACAAUACCAGAGAGUAGGAACCUGACAGAGUAUGUGGUUGCUGUUGAUGUGAACAACAUGCUGCAUCUCUACGCCAGUAUGCUGCAUGAGAGACGCAUUAUCAUCACUUGCAGUAAGCUGAGCACGUUAACUGCAUGUGUGCACGGUUCCUCUGCAAUGCUCUAUCCCAUGUACUGGCAACACAUAUACAUCCCUGUACUGCCGCCACACCUCCUUGACUACUGUUGUGCUCCAAUGCCUUACCUGAUAGGGAUCCAUUCCAGUCUAAUGGAGAGGGUGAGGAGCAAAGCUCUGGAGGAUGUGGUUAUAUUAAAUGUCGACACAAAUACCCUGGAGUCACCCUUCAAUGACCUGGAAAAGCUGCCAACAGAUGUGAUGUCUGUUCUGAAGAUGAAGCUGAAGAAGCAGUCAGCAGUGACUGGUGAUGUGGUGGCCCGAGCUUUUCUGAGGACGCAGGCUGCAAUCUUCGGAAGCUAUCAGGAUGCUCUUAAAUUUAAUCCUGGGGAACCAGUUACAUUUUGCGAGGAGACAUUUUUGAACCAUAAAGGGAGCUCGAUGAAGAAUUUCCUGCAGCAUGCAGUGCACCUUCAGCUGUUCAAACAGUUUAUAGAUAAUCGACUGGAAAAGCUUAACGAGGGGAAAGUAUUGACAGAUAUGUUCGAGGAGGAGGUUAAUCUGGGUGGUUAUUCUUCAGGCUGCUCCAAGACCUAUCAGCUAUGGAAGCAAAGCGUAAAGAGAGGUGGCGGAGCCCUGAUUCACACAAUGAAAACUAAAGCCAAUCCAGCUAUGAAGAACAUGUACAACUUCGCUAAAGGUCAAGCUAAAUUGGGCUUGAAGGGGAUGAAAAAUCGUUUGAAACACAAGGACCUGGGUGACGAGCGAGGGUUUCACCGCGGUGGGUCACUGAGGUGCCAACCAGUUGGGGGCCCCAUCCAUCAGAGACGCAUCCAGACAGAGUGUCUACAGAACCGCCUGCCAAUCACCCAGCACUUUGGUCAGUCUCGCCCUCGCCGACCAACUCGUCGUUACACGAGCAUCGAUGGACCGCUCCCCACGGAGACAGUCAGGUCCACCUGUGAGGAGGAUGGACUAGACAGCCCCCUGGACACAAUCAAUGAUGGAUUACUAGACUGUAGCAUCCUGCAGGAAGAGGAUAUGGACCUGCUCGGGGAGAUCUUUGAUACACUCAGCACCCAGACAGCUCAUGACAAAGGCCUUCUGUAUGGCACCCGCAGCCUCGACUUCUUCAACUUGGACUCCAUGGAGGACAUCCGUAGGGUCAGGGGUACCAACCCCAGCGAGGAGGACAUUAACUACAGGAGUAGGAGAGAGUCCGAGCCAGGUAAACCCCACAUGUGGGGUCUCGAUGGUUCCACAGAGUGUAUGAUGUCCCUGUCAGCCUCCUUGGAGGAAACAUCUGACAGGUCCUCAGUGUCGACCAGCCAAGCAGACCUUGGAGAUUCCGGGAGUCUCUCAAGUCACGAUGAAAACAUAACAUCUCCAGAGGUGCAGCCUCUGAACCUCAGUACUCCAAGCAACAGUAAUUUAGAGGACCCUGGAUCACUGGAAGACUCUUCGUCCAUUUCACCAUCUCUCAAAGCCAAUGACAAGUGCACAGGGAUUCACUGGGAUAAAGGAUCCUCACUAAUUCAACCCAGCAGAACAUUGGCUGAAAAUAGAGCCACUCAGUUGGAUGAAAGCAAACCAAGAAAUGACAUCCUAAUUGAAAACUCAGGCUCCCACAGUUUACCUUCAGAGGUCAGUGAGAUGAAACCCUCUGUGGAAGAAUUCAAGAACCACAAAGGACAGGAAGAGGAGGUGGAACAAAUCACAAGUCCAGCAACAUGUGCAGGAGGACAAUCUGUUCAGAUCAGCAAGACUGAGCUGUUACCUCCACCAACAGCUCCUAAAACAUCAACCACACAGCUGAGAGGGAGGCUAAUGUCACAGGCUUUUGAAGACAGGGAAGGAGACGACCAUACUGUGAAGGAGGAAAGCCCCAACAGUCAGGGUGCUGGGCCUACAGUGCAAGCUUCGAGUGAGGAGGAUGCCCCAGGUGAUCCCACAGGCCCAGGCACCAGCGAGGAGGCCACCACCCCAAGUGUGCAGUCUGUGCUGUCCUACUUCCAAGCCCGUGCUGGGGAACAAAAGGCCGAGACCACCAGAGGAAAAGUCCGCCCUGUAUCUGUCUUAGCAAUAGGGGCCUUGAGCAGAUCUGGAAAAAUUGAGUCGAGAGAGGAACGAGGCAAAUCUGUCCCUGAGGCCUCCUCCCUUCCUCUCACCGAUGGGAGGCUGACAGAAGAAUCAUCGUCUGCGGAGCAGAGAGAACAGGAGCUAGAAUCGGUGUCACCAAUUGAGAAUGAUCCAGGUAUUACAACAGCUAGAAAAGUUUCAGAAUUGAAAAAGAGAUUUGAAUCCUAGGAGCUGAUUAAAAUUUAUAGAAUUCCUUCCCCCCACCCCCCACAGUAGUGAUCCAAGCCUUUCCGAGUGACUGAAUGUCAAUAUCAAUUGUCUUUAGGCUCAACAAGCAGUCACUCUCCCUGUGUCUCGUAUACAGGGCCACGCACUCACCAUCUUGAUAUUUCCUCUUAAAUGUUAGGAACUGGAGAUUUUCCCUCACUCAUCAACUCAAAUUGGCUUUCUGGUCCAGACUUUGAGCUGAUGUAUUGAUGGGAAAAGGGGGGUGUGGGGGGGAGCCAAAAGUUUGGCCAGUGUAAUUUGGGAUUUUCUAAAUUGAGACUGUGGCAUGCAGCAGAUGGACCCAGAGUUGAGGUAAACAGGUGCCUCAAAUUCAGAAAAAGUGCUGGAGGAACAACAGGUCAGGGCAGCAUCCAUGGAGGGAAAUGAACUCCCCCCCCACCUCCUUAUUCUGGCUUCUCCCCUCUUCCUUUCCAGUCCUGAUGAAGGGUCUUGACCAGAAACAUUGCCUGUUUAUUUCCCUCCAUGGAUGCUGCCUGACCUGCUGAGUUCCUCCAGUACUUUUUGUGUAUUGCUCCAGAUUCCAGCAUCUGCAGAAUUUCUUGUGUCUGCCUCAAAUUCAGAUUUGCCAAUCCACAAAUAAUGUUUUUAAUUAUGAGAUGGAUUAAUGGUGAGAAUGCUAAGCAAUAUAAACUAAAUGAUUAAAUUUUAGCCACAUUCACAUCCACAAAUCUUUGAAGGGGGCAGGAAGUUAAGGAAGCUUAGGAAGAAAUAUGGCUUUUCAAAAUAAGUGUAAAGCAAACUUCUGCUCAACUGUUGUGAGCCUCUGCUCAGGUCCAGCUGGAGGAUUGUGUCCAAUUCUGGGCUCUACCCUUAAGGAAUUCAAGGUCUGAGACAAUUAACAGAAUGGUACCAAGGACAAAGUAGUUCAUUUUUAUGGAGGGAUACAAGCUGGAAUUGUUCUCUCAGAGUAGAGAAGAUCAAGGGGAUACUUGAUAGAAGUUCAAAAUCACUUUGAACUUUGCUAAAAUAUGUCCUUUCCUUGCCUUAUUCUAUCAAUGUUUCACUUUGGAAUACAUGCUUUGAAAGGGCAAUCAAAGAACAUUCAAUAAUAACUUUUUAAAAGUGGAAUUAUUUCUUGGGCAACAGGGAAAGGACAGGGAAGUUUGGGUAGUUUCAACCAAUUGGCAGUACAGCCCUGAUAGGCUGCAUGCUUCUACAAUACUUGAAUUAUAAUCAGGUCCAGUAAUACUGGCCUGGUGAGGAUAAUGGGGCAGCAAAUGUCAGAGGACAUGUUUCAUUCGAGAGGAGAUUACAUAUUAAUAAUGUCUUUCGCGAGUUGAGGAUAUUUCAAAGUACACUUCAAAAACAUUGGCUGUCGUCAUUGUUGUUGGAAACACAGCAAGUAAAACAAAAUCUCCCAUUGUUUGUUUGUAAAAUAAGCAGUAAGUGGGGGAUAAUUAUUGCCCUACUGCAUGCACAUCUUCCUGCCACCUCACAACCCCCAACUCACUUUUGAAAUAGUUCCACAGUUUGACUGAUAGCUUAUCCAAAAUACUCCAACUUCAAUAGUGCAGCAAUCCUUGGUACUUCAUAGGUACUAAAUUAUCUAAACCAUCUCUACAACUCCUCCAUCCAAAGCUGCCUCAGGUCUUACAAAAUCUCCCCAAUUUGGCCUACCACAAUCCAAGCACAGUAUUACCAAAGUACACAGCCCCAAUCUAAGGAGUAGGCCUGAACCUUUGCUGGUUUGCAAAUUAUUUAAUUCUGUUCCACAUCGGAGAGAUUACAGCCCAGCUUCUCAGUAUCCAAAACAUUCCAAAAGAGAAAGUACAUUUAUUCUAGUUUCAGCAGUGCUGAAACCUCUGACUGGAAACAGUGAGGAAAAAAAGACUUAAAUGCAGUGACUCACAGUAUUUUAAUAACCAAUUACAGCUUGUCUGGUAUAAGAUUAUGGGUGCCUGGAAAACUGUAAGAAUUGACAGAACCUCAUUUGUCAAUGCAGACGAUGAAAAAAGUUUGCCUUCUCUGAAUAAAGAUGUGCACAAAA